GUCACACACUGUGCAGAUGCUCUGUAUGAUUGUCUGACUUUCUUGCAAGAAUAAACCCCGUUUUUUUCUUAUUCUACAAUACUCUCUGAGUUAUUGCCUCACAAUAAGAGUUGGAAACAUUUUUCCAUAACAAGGACUAGGCUGUUUUGUUCUAUAAACUGGUUAAUACACAAUGCACUGAUAUUCUGAAGAGAGCGUCUCAGAGUGAAGUUCUCAUGGCGUCUCUCCAUACAUUGCUGAUUCUGUGCGUAUGUGCCACAGCCCUGUGUUUGCCAACAUCUUCACUCACAGGCAAUACAGAGAUUGAUGUGGAUAAUGGAAAAGACCUGGAUAUAUUUGAAAUAAAUGAAGCGGCAGGGCUUGAUCUAGUGGAAGGAGACAUUCUGAUAAAUGAGGGAGAAGACAGAAACACUAUUCUGGGUGAAAAGUAUCGUUGGCCGACCACUUUGCCUUAUGUCCUCGACAGCAGCCUUGAAAUCAAUGCUAAAGGUGUGAUACUGAGAGCAUUUGAGCAAUUCAGACUCAAGACCUGUAUUGACUUUAAACCCUGGAGUAGAGAGCCAAACUACAUUUUCGUAUUUAAAGACAAAGGAUGUUACUCAAUGGUGGGGAAUCGACGGAUGGGGAAACAAAACUUGUCAAUUGGUGCAGGCUGUGACAGUUUAGGAACAGUGGAGCAUGAGUUACUGCAUGCGCUGGGUUUCUGGCACGAGCAAUCCAGAUCUGACAGAGACGACUACGUCACCAUCAUGUGGGACCGGAUUAAAGAGGGUCAUGAGCACAACUUUAAUUUACAUAAUGAAACAGAGUCAAGCUCUCUCGGUGUGCCUUAUGAUUAUGGUUCAGUCAUGCACUACAGUAAGAAAGCUUUCAGCAUAGGCAGUAAGCCAACCAUUGUUACUAAAAUACCAGAAUUCUUGGAUGUGAUUGGUCAACGCAUGGAGUUUAGUGACAGUGACCUGCUCAAGCUGAACCGGCUUUACAAUUGUACUACAGCCUCAAUUUUUCUGGACUCUUGCCAGUUUGAGGAGCCAAAUAUCUGUGGUAUGAUCCAGGGUGAUGGUGGAAAUGCCAAAUGGGCUCGUGUACAAAGAGUAAAGGGCGGUCCACAGACGGACUACACCAACCUGGGUCGAUGUCAAGGGGUUGGGUUCUUCAUGCAUUUCAGCACAGCCACAGGAACCCAGGGUGACAAUGCUUUCCUGGAAAGUCGCCUCUUUCACCCCAAAAGACGCUCACAGUGCCUGCAGUUCUAUCACUACAACAGCGGGGGCGUUGAUGACCUGCUAAAAAUCUGGGUGCUUGAAUACACAGUUAAAAACCCCAAAGGAGCCCUGAGACUCAUUCAGAAGAUCAGAGGUGGACUUCAAGGCUCCUGGGAACUAUAUCAUGUUACGCUAAAUGUCUCUGAUAAAUUCAGAGUGGUGUUUGAAGGAGUUAAAGGAAGAAAACCAUCAAAGGGUGGUCUGUCUCUGGAUGACAUGAACCUCUCAGAGACCAAGUGUCCUCAAUACACUUGGCGCAUUCGUGAUUUUACCAGACUUCUCGCUACAACCCCUGCCGGUUCCAAAACCUACAGCCCCCGCUUCCUAUCCCCAGAUGGUUACUCAUUUCAGAUUGGUUUGUACAUUAAUGGCUUGAAGGACAGUCCAAAUAAAACGGCAGUCUACUUCCACUUGACCUCUGGACCCAAAGACAACAAUCUUCAGUGGCCAUGUCCGUGGCGUCAGGCAUCCAUGGAGCUGAUGGACCAGAAUCCAGACAUCCAACAUCGCAUGAACAACAUUAAGAUGGUCACUACAGAUCCAACCAUGACCUUCACUGACUCCAUGGGUAAUGUUGAGUAUUUAUGGGACAACCCACAAAAAGUAGGCAGUCUAGUCACUGACGCAGGUGGGAGUAAAUACUACCGGGGGCCGGGUUACGGUACCAGCAAUUACGUCACACAUGAUCAUCUGAAGAGUCGAAGCUUCAUCAAAGGAGAUGAUGUCAUCCUCCUCCUCUCCCUUGAAGACAUGACUGGACUUUUGGGGACUCAGAGCAGAGAGUCUUGGAGACCGGAAAUUAAAGACUUGCAAUUAGAGAUUGAUGAUCAUGAUGCAGAGGAGCCAAAGAGACAGAUGGUUAACCCCAGAGUUCUGGGUCCAUGGACUAAAAGAUCCCCAUGAGAUGCAGGAUAUAUCAAGAAGCCUCAAUGGAGAGAGAGAGAAAAAAAUCUUUCCAGAAUUUGCCAGAUUGUGUCUUCAUUACUGAGCUGGAACUACUGAAUCAUAACUUGCAUUAAAAAAAGAAUGUUAUUAAGAACAAAAAAUUUUAUUACUAGAUUAGUAACACUUCUCAUGUUCAUUGCCUCAAGAUAAAUUUCUUCUUGUAUUCCUCAUUUGUAAGUUGCUUUGGAUAAAAGUGCCUGCAAAAUUAAUAAAUGAAAAAGCAUCAAAAGAAGUAUUCAACCAUU